CCAUCUUCAUUGUCAGAAGAAUCAGAAUACACACCGCCUCAGACAGGUCUCUUGUCUACCCUUCCAUCCUCCUGGGUCCCCUACGCCGAGCUCAUCCGCAUUGACAAGCCGCAUGGGAUCUACCUCGUCUGGGUACCUCACAUCGUGGGUCUGGCCUACGCCUCAGCCAUCGGACCGUCACCUGCUCCACUUCACACACUCUAUACACGGGCCCUCCGCCUCAUGCUCUGGGCUGCUCUAUGUCGAAGCGCAGGCUGUGUCUGGAACGACACCGUAGACCAGGACUUCGAUCGAAAGACGGCUCGAUGUCGGAACCGACCUAUUGCCCGGGGCGCAGUCACGACCUCGCAAGCACACAUCUAUGCAGCUGUGCUUUUUUCUCUCGCACUGCUUUCACUAAAAGGUAUAUCGUCCCACGCUAUGACCGUGGCGGGGAUAGUCGCCUUACUAUCGCUCGUGUACCCGUUCUGUAAACGAUUCACGAGUUUCCCGCAGGUAGUGUUGGGAUGUUCGUUGGGGUUGACGGUUGUUUUGUCGGCGUGGACGCUGGAUGUGGAUGUGUUGGCAGGGAGGAACCGUAUACCGACGAUGUGUUUGAUGUUGGCUAUUGUGUUGUUGAUUGUGUUUUAUGAUGUUGUGUAUGCGACACAAGAUACGGCGGAUGAUGUCAAGUCUGGGGUGAAGGGGAUGGCGGUCUUGUUCCGGAAUCAUCUUUUGGUUCUGCUUUGGGGUUUGGUGUGUGGGAUUGCUGGGGUUCUUUCGGUCUUAGGGGUGUUGGUGGGUAUGGGAUUACAGUAUCUUGUGUUUUCGGUGGUAGGG